AUGGAUGCAUACAUAGACAAAGCGGAUGGUGCCAGCAGUGGAUCAGGCGAGAAUUACAUUACUAGGACCAAUAAUGCCCUGGAUGUUGCUUCUGAAGCUAGAUCAGGCGGAGCGGCAGUCCAGCACAGUGGGCAGAAUGUUUCUGAUGCCAUUGUCACCAAACCAGUAGCUGCAACUCGAGCACCGGAAGGCACUGACCUGAAUGUGCCAAGGCAGCUCCCUGCUACAGAAUCCCGUGGCCUGACAAGAGAUGACAGUGCUAAUUCACAGAAGUUGACAGAAUCACAGAAGCAAGCUGCAGCACCAGUAGCACCAACACAGGUACAGAAUGAGGCAAUAGAGGUAGAUGACAAACCUCCGCAGACAGUUCCAGAAUCUAAACAAGUGGAUAUACCUGCAGGCGAAAAUGUAAAAACUCUGUCUUCUUCCAUCGCUCUUUCACAAGAGCCACCAAGUGUGCCCAAGGCUCCAGUCCACACAGUAACGCCAGUUUCUGCAGAGGAGACAGAAAAGAAAGUUGUUCCCUCAUUGAAAAAAGAAAGCAAGACACAGGUUGAAGCUCCCCCAACUGCCAGUGUACCGACUGCAACCAACAUCAGCACCCCUACAACCAAUCAAAACCAACCACCCGCUGAACAGACUAGAAACACAGCUCCAGGUCAUUACAGAGCUCCCGGACAGAUAGACAGAGUGAGUUCAAAACCUGUAGAAAAUGGUAUUGCAGACAAUGUUCACGCAGAGCCAGUGCCGACAAUAUCAGUUAAUGCCGUCAGUGAUUCCUCUGUGGGUAAUUACCCCUUCAUUGAUGAAAGCGAAUCAUUAGAGUUUCGGAAGCCGAAAAGUGAAGACAUGAGGAAGGGACUUACUCAGGGAAGCAACAGUUCCUCAGCUCCCAAGCCACCAGCCACACGGCCAUCAGCAGAGAUGACAAAGAAGGAUGGCAAGUUACAGUAUGCCAGAGCUUACCUCAUGGAGCUGAGAGAGUGUGCUACCUCACAGGCUAAGCCAGAGGGACUCCCAAAUCUGGAGAUUAUUCUUGACAGGCCUGUCACGGCUAGCAGCAGAGGAUCAAGUUCUGCGCCUCUUGACUUUACACCAGCUUUCUUUCAGCAGUCUGCCAGUGGCCAAAGGCAUGCCCCGCCGAUUGGCAAGAGCAACAGCCGCAACCGUCCUAGAUCUGACAUGCAGGUGCCUCAGCGCAUCAUUACCAGUGUCUCUUUGCAAGGCAGCGUCAAGGCACUACAUCAAAGUGAGAAACCUUGGAAGCCUUCACCGAAGCAGUUGUCUACAGGAGAGAUUGCAGAAAAGACCAAAAGUUUGGAAUCUGCAGUACUAUUUAUCAUGAACAGACUGACGCCUACAAACUUUGAGAAGUUAGCUGUGGAAAUGAAGAAGCUCAACAUCAGUACUUACGAGGAUCUACAGGAGCUUGUGAAGAUUUUCUUUGACAAGGUGACUAUGGAAACCAAGUUUGUGGAGGCUUAUGCCUUACUCUGCAAGGUUAUGUCUGGGCUGAGAGUGCCACCACCUGCAGACUCUGGCAUCAAGGAGAACCAGGCCACCUUCCGCGUGGUGAUGUUGACUAAAUGCCAGCAGGAGUUUGAAGCCGACAAAACUGUUGUGUUUGAGGACCCGGAGGAGAAGAAGAGGAAGAUCGAGACAGAGAUGCCAGAAGGCCCCGAGAGGACAGAAAAGAUAGAAAACACUCUAUACCAGAUGAAGCUGAAGAGACUAAAAUUUUACGGAAAUAUCAGAUUUAUUGGAGAGCUGUUUAAACUGAACAUGCUGACAGAGAACAUCAUGCAUGACUGCAUCUACAGACUGUUAAAGGCCCGGGACGAUGACUCUCUGGUUUCCUUGUGCAAUUUAAUCACCACUGUUGGACAGGCAUUAGACACAGACAAGGCAAAGACGAGAAUGGACCAAUACUUUGCUCAGAUGUCCAAGAUAGCAGAGGAGCGCAAAUCUAGAAUCAAGUUCACCCUCAGGGAUGCAAUAGAAUUGAGAAAUAAUAAAUGGAAGACACGCAAGGAACAGACAGGCCCAAAGAAGCUUGAGGAUGUACAUAAAGACUAUCAAGACGAACAAGCAACAAAGCAGUUUUUGCAAUCACAGCCAUUGCCACCUCGCAAUGAUCCACAGCCCAACAGUAGGCGUGGCAGCAGACAACGCCAAGAUGAGAAUAAGCCAACAGAUGACGGAUGGAACACAGUCGGUUCUAAGUCACUGAGAAUAGAUGCCUCCAAGAUGAAACUGUCCAAGAAUGUUGUGGACGAGAAUAGCAUCCAGCUUGGUCCAGGAGGGGGAAUGAAGCAGUUCUCCAUGUGGAGUCGGGGCAGCUACGGUGCAGCUCAAACAUCGCAAGACAAUGAAAGAUCAUCAGCUCCUGCCAACAGGUUUUCAGCUCUGCGUGGUGAAGAGGACCACAGGAACUACCAGAGGUCUCCAUCACGAGGCGACAGUAGCAGUCUACCUAACAGGAACACCAGGCAAGGGCCACCUGCAGGCCAUGGUCGGGGCAAGAUUCUGGCCAGAUCUAGUCAGGAGGGAGACAGGAGAGAUGCUUUGGCCAGUGCAAGGACCAUAGUUGGAGGAAGAUCUCAGAACUCUAGUAGGGAUAACAGCUGGAACCGUGAGGACCGGCGCAACACCCUGCCGCCCAGAGGCUCUCGAGAGAGGGACAACGUCAUGACCAGGAGUGACAUCUCCAUGCAGCCCAACGCAGAUCCAUUCCUGGUGCCGGCAGUGCCUCCACUUGUCGGGGCCACUGCAGUGCCAGGGCCGGAGGAGGAGGGGUUGAAGUUAGUCAGGCCGUUGUCCGAAAGUGAGAUGGAGUUCAAGGCCAAGACUAUUCUAGAAGAGUACCUUAGUGUGCUUGAUCUUGGGGAGGCCAAGUUGUGUUUGAGAGAACUGAGGGGUCAGCAGUACCUCCAUGUGUUUGUCACUUCCUGCGUGAAUGAGGUACUGGAACGGUCAAAGAAGGACAGGGACCUCACAGGUUCAUUCUUGCAUGAAAUGGUUAAGGACGGUCGCAUUUCAAUGGAUGUCUAUUUAAGAGGGCUGUCAGAUGUAUUACAGUAUGCAGAAGAUAUGGUCAUCGACGUCCCAAUGAUGUGGUCCUAUUUGGCGCAGAUUAUCCUUCCCAUGUUGAUUGGUGGCUCUCUGUCUUGGGCAUCACUGCCAGCUACCCUGAAGCCUUCUUUGGGCGAAAGAGGCUGUGCCAAACUUGUAGCAGAAAUUCUUCAGCUAGCCAAGGAUAAAGUUGGUGAAGAUGAAGUAGCCCUAAUGUGGCAGAAUAGCGGUCUGGUGUGGACGACCUUCCUGCCUGCGGAUGAGGUGGAUAGAUUUUUGAAGGACAAAAGACUGGAGUUCACAGUUAGCCAGGUUGCCAGAGCACCUGCCCGGGUGCCGGUGCAUGGCCAGGUGGAGCUGAUAGAAGACAUUGAGAGGAUUAUACGAGAGAGUGGAACAAGUAGUGACAUAUUUGCAUACGUGGAUGCCAAGGUUGGGGCUGACAAACAGGAUAGACAAUUUAUACGAUCUCUGGUGACCGCCAUGGUGAAUGCUUCCAUACCAACUGAAACCAUGAAAUUCAAUGAGGACGUUGUAAAGACACAUAAAGCUGUACUGCAGCGGUACAUAAAGAGUAACCCAGACCUGGAACUGCAAGCCUUGUACGCAAUUCAGGCUCUCAUGCAUAAAUUGGAGCACCCUUCAGGUGUCAUAGCAAACAUAUUUGACGUGCUGUACGAUGAGGAGGUUAUCAGCGAGGAAGCAUUUAAACAAUGGGAAAAGAGUUCGGACCCACUGGAGGCUGAAGGCAAAGGCGCCUGUUCUAUGCAGCUGACUCAGUUCUUUACAUGGCUGCGGGAAAAUGAGGAAAUAGAAGCUUCUUGA